AUGAAACGUUGUAUUACAUUAUGGUUUCUAUUAUCGAUUUCUAUUCCUAGCUACUGUCAAAUUGAUUUAGAUCUCGAUCAAAUUGUGUCAGAAAUUGAAACCAGCAAUUCUUCGAUAGAUCUCGAACCUAAUAUAACACGAAACACUGAAUUUAUAAUUAUAAAUCCACCAAAUUCUAAUAAUAUUGUAACAAAUUUAAAUGAAAAAGUUUUCUCUUUAGAUCCGGUUCCUUUAAAUGGUACAAAUGGUACUAGUUGUGAAUUUGCGUGUGUACCGUUUUAUCAGUGCAACAAUGGGAGUUUGGUUACCACUGGAGAGAAUAUUUUUGAUAUUAGGGUAAAUGAUGGUCCAUGCGGUUCUGCCUUACUAACCUGCUGUCAACCAAAAGACAGAACUACCGAUGAUCGCAUUUUAUCCCCUUCUACCACAUCUUCUAUACCAAGAGGAUGUGGACAUCGAAAUCCAGAUGGCGUUGGUUUGACCAUUACCGGAGCUAAAGACAAUGAAGCACAAUUUGCCGAAUUUCCUUGGAUGGUAUCAAUCUCAAGAGAUCUUGAUAAUAAUCAAAGACCUUCAUGCGGUGGGGCUUUAAUUCAUCCCAGUGCUGUGAUCACCGCUGCUCAUUGUGUAGCUGCUGAUAAAAAUCAAAGAUGGAAAGUCAGAGCAGGCGAAUGGGAUAUAAUAAAAACAAUAGAACCAAUUCCCCAUCAAGAAGUCUUAGUAGAAUCAAUAACUAUACACAAAGACUUCUAUUCUGGAGCCCUCUUCAACGAUAUAGCAUUCCUUUACUUAACCACCCCAGUGAAAAUAGGCGAUAAUGUAAAUACAAUCUGCCUACCGCCCCAAAACUACCAACAUAGACCAACUAGAUGUUUUACCACAGGUUGGGGUAAAGAUAAGUUCGGCCAAAAAGGACAGUACCACGUUAUUUUAAAAAAAGUCGAUAUUCCAUUUGUGCCUAGAGAUAUUUGCCAGGAAAAUCUACGUAAAACCAGAUUAGGUAGAUUCUUCGAACUGCAUUCUAGUUUCAUGUGCGCUGGAGGUGAAAUUGGGAAAGACGCUUGCAAUGGGGAUGGAGGCAGUCCAUUAGUAUGUCCUUUGGAGAAGGAAAAGUGGAGAUAUUACCAUGCAGGUAUUGUUGCUUGGGGUAUUGGAUGUGGAGAUAGGAAUGUUCCAGGAGUUUACGUCGAUGUGGCUAAGUUUAGAGAUUGGAUAGAUGAGCAAAUGAAACUUCGUAAUUUGGAGACAGUAUCGUAUGAUCAAAAUAUUGGUUUGGAGCCCAGGUUUUAAUAUAUUAAAUUCGGUUUUUAUAUUGAUGUGCU